AGUGACGUAAGCGAUCUCACUUGUUCUGUAAUUUUGCGUGAAUUAUGUGGAAUUAAUUAAUAAAUAGCAAAAACUAAAUGGUUGCUAUGUACACGGAGAGAAAGUGAUUUGAUUACGACAACCAAAUAAAUUUUCUGAUCGCGCCAUUUGAUUCGUCAAGUGACACCAGUGAUCAAAUUUGCUCCUCUCGUCAAAAUGGUGAAAGUGUACGGGCUUCUAGUUCUGUAUAAAGGAGUAAACAGUGCGACAAUUUUAAAAGAUGCCUACGACUUAUCAAGUUUUAGCUACUUCCAAAGUUCAGUACAAGAAUUCAUGACAUUUGUUAGUAAAACAAUGGUAGAGAGGACACAGCCAGCUGCCAGACAGUCAGUAAAGGAAGGCGAGUAUAUGCUGCAAGUGUAUGUGAGAGCAGACAACCUGGCAGGCAUACUCAUUUCGGAUCAUGAGUACCCCAGCAGAGUUGCACACACAUUGAUUACCAAAAUAUUGGACGAGUUCACAGCAAGGGUCCCUGCUAACACUUGGCCAACAGCUAACAACACCACAGUAGACUUCCCAGUGUUGCCACAAUAUUUGGUCAAGUACCAGAAUCCCAGAGAAGCUGAUGCUCUCACAAAAAUCCAGGAGGACUUAGAUGAGACUAAAAUUAUCUUACAUGACACAAUAAAAGCAGUGUUAGAGAGGGGUGAAAAAUUAGAUGACCUUGUUGCAAAAUCUGACAGCUUGUCUUACCACAGUAAAGCUUUCUACAAGACUGCCCGAAAGACCAAUAGUUGCUGUAACUUCUGAAGAACUCUGUGUCAUCUAAAUGGCUAUAAUAUAGUUGUUUUAGAGUGAAGUAUUGAUGUUAUACCAUACAUAAACUUUAUUACAUGUAAUAAAUGUGUAUUGUGUGUGAUGUUAAAAGCUUUUGCUUUUAACUGGGAAACUCAUUAAUAUUCUGCAAUUUACUUUAUUAUUAUUUUUGGGGUAUAUUAGAUGCACUCUCACUCUGUAUAAUGUUUUAUGGUGUAAUUUGACCAUGUUGAAUGCCAUAGGUUAUCAAUGUUAGUAGAAUGAUUAUUUCAAUGUACUUGAGUUUGUAAGGUCAGAUGUAUUUUGUUUAAAUCAUAUUGCUAGGUUAGCUGCGAGACUAAGCGGAUGUCAAAGUUUUGCUCAAGCACAAGUUUUGCUAGGACUUGAUUAAUUUGUCCAUUGUAGAUUUUUAUAUUUAUAUAUGCUUUUCUCUUUGAACAUCACAAACAUUUUCUUUAUACAGUUGUAACAUCUAGAAUUUUAAUAAGGCCUAUUAAAUGGUUAAAACAAAUGUGGAUUAGACUGUACUACUUAAUGUGUCUAGUUUAAUAUUUAAUUUAUAUGAAUGUUACUGUACUGAAUCAUAUUGUAUGAAUAAAACUGGGUUUUCACAGUUAGUGAUGUCGGACUAUGUUAUCUUAGAUUUCUUAUAGUUCCACCUUAUCAUGUUAUAUGAUUGUGUAACAGAAAAGUAUUUGUAACAAACAGCUAAAAUAGAUCUUUAUGUUGGCCAUAAUCAAAAUUGUGUAAAUUCUUGGAAUUAUAACACAAAUAUGUGCCGUUAUCUGGGUAAAGGGGCCUUAUUGUCGGUGGCGCUUACGUCCCGCGGCGUCGUAUUUGUAUACGAACACCGUUCAUAACACCGUAAGCGCCGUCGACAAUUUAUUUAUUUAAGCUUUAUUAUUCUACAGAAAGAUUUUCUUUUCUUUUAAUUUAGUUUUUAUUAUAGAUUGUAUUCUGUAGACCCCUUCUGGGUAAAAGCCUCCUCCAGCCGUUUCCAUUUUAUUUUAUCUUUUGCCAUGCUUUGCCAUUCCUUGCCUGCAGUAGCCACAAUGUCAUCCUGCCACCUGGAUAGUGGAUGUCCUCUCUUUCUUGAUCCCUGUGAUCCCGUGAUCCCUUGAUCCGUCGACAAUAAGGUCCCUUUAAAACCCAGAUAUGUGAUGAGUGUGUUUAGUAAAAUGUCCGACUUUGUCAGUGACCAUUAGGCGAGAUUUACUUGUAUCUUUAUAUGAACAAACUGACAAAGCGGCUUUAUAGCAAUCGACAAGGUGGGAUGUUUUCCCGUGCACACUCACAUUUAUAAUAUGAUGAUUGUUUUUUUGUCCAUAUUUGUCAGGAUAUUAAUGAAUAUCUAAAUACUUGUGUCAUUUAUUUUUAAUCCUUCAAUGUUUGAUUUACAUUCCUUUUUAUUAAUUAUUACUUUUAAAUGUUUUGAUUUUUAGCCACCAAAAUGAUUAUAAGUCCAGCGGUUAGCUAUAAAAUCAUCACGUACUUAACUAAAAUAAAAUGUAUACAAUGGUAGUUAAAUAAAAAUAGUAAAAAUGUUCUAUUAGACUAUAUUCGUAUUCUUGAAAUUAUUUGAGAUAAUUGUAAUUCAUAGGUGUCACUAAAAAUAGGAUUCGAUGUCUAAACAGUAAGAUCUAUAUUUGGAAUUUUGGACAGAUUACACAUUUCCUAUGUAAACCAAUGAGAAUAAUAGCGAAAAGUGGUUUGAAGAAUUAUUUACUUCUUUAUUUGUUUUUUUAGGCAAACAUUUAAACAUAAGUCAGUGAACAUUGUACCACAAGAUAUUAUUGGCUAUCAAUUAUCAUUGCUUCAGUUGCUUUAAAUUAGUUUACAUAUGUGAAUCUGUUUAGUAAAACGUCCCACUUUGUCUGUCACCAUUAAAUCGAGAUUUACUUGUAUCUUUAUAUGAAUAAACUGACAAAGCGGCUUUAUAGCAAUCAACAAAGUGGGACGUUUUGCCAUGCACACUCACAUAUUUCUACUGUACAGAAUGGCAAAAAAGAGUAGAAAUGGUUUUUUUUUUAUGAAUCGUUCUUGAUUACACUUAAAUGUCACAUGCAAAACGGUUUACGUAGACGGUGGUGCCCUUAUUAUUACCUAGGUACUCCUUUUUUGUCAUCUAAAAAAUCAUCUCACUAUAUACAAUAUUUUUUUUGAUUUCUGAAGCUGCAAUGUAGAUUGUGGAAGUUUUGAAGAAUUAUUAUUUGUAGAAAAAAUAAUAAUUGUUAUGGUUAUAUUUACUAUCCUCAUUGCCAAUAAAAGCAAGGCCACACAUGCGCGUUUUGAGAGCGUAGGCGGAGCGGUAGCGGAGCGCAAUGAUAGCGGUGCGCCGGACGAUAGCUGGCGUUGCGCCCAGCGGACGCCGGCGGGAACUAACGAGCGCGGAUUGCGAGCGCAUUCCGCUACGCUAUCAAAACGCUUUAUGUGUGGCGGAGGCUUAAUUGGGAAGUUAACUGCCUUACACAUAUUAAAACUUUAAUAUAAAAUAAAAAAAAUACAAGAAAUAACAACAUUGGCUGCUUUGUAACUAGGUCUGCUAGGCUGCUAGAAAUGCAGAAUAUAUUUAUGUAUACUUACAGGAAAACUUGACACCAUUUUUGUAUUAUAAUAUGAUAUUGGCUAAGUUCUGAAGACCUUGAACAAAUGCGUGGAGGAACAGUAUUUUCAUAUUUGUAACUUGUAUUUGUAAAACGGUAUUAAUGUAAGGAAUUUUGAUGCUUUGGAUUUAUGAGGGAUUGAGACAAAUAGUAACCUGGAAUGUUUUGAAGGUCUUUGCAUUUUUGUUGUGAAUUCAUUGCUCUAGAUGAGAAAUAGAUGUCGAUUUGACUUUCGUGGGUCACGUCCUAAAUGAAGCAAUAAUUAUUACACUUGAUUGGUAAUGAAUAAGAUGUGCCACUGUAUGACUGUACCUAUACCUACUAAAUAACGCGAGAGGGGAAAGAAAUAACGCGAGCAUUGCUUUCGACUGGAAACCGCAGAAUGCAAGCCGUGGCCCCGGGCGCCCUGUUCACUCAUGGAAGCGGU